UGUCUGUCCUUCCUUUCUUUGUCUGCAGCCACGUGAACUCCGUUGCCGUCGUACAAAAAUGUCGAUUUAAUUAUUCUAAAGUGCUUUGUUUAUUUUAAUUUUUAUUGUUUAUUGUAUCCGGUUCUUCUUUAAGCAGAGAAUGUUCUACAUAUUCAUCCUAUCUUGCCUGCUAGCAUGCAGAGCCGAGUUCGCCGAUGAACUCCAGUCAUACGAGAAAGAGUGUCUUGGAGAAGAUAGGUUCAUGUGCCUUGACGGCGGAUGUAUCACUCAAGAUCAGUAUUGCAAUGGCAGAACGGAUUGUGCUGAUGGGAGCGAUGAGAAUUUCUGCCCGGACCAUCCCCCCGACAAGCAACUUUGCAACACUACCCACCAGUUCCUGUGCCGGGACGGUCACGCCUGCAUCCCUUCGACUUGGGUGUGCAACAGUGAGCCGGACUGUACCGACGGCAGUGACGAAGCUGACUGUACCGAGCUGCCCGUCACCAAAAAUGCUACAUGCGGCAAGGCGUUUCGAUGUGGAGACGGAACCUGCAUCUCGAGCCUCUGGAUGUGUGACGGACACUACGAUUGUGAGGACCGCAGUGACGAGGAUAUCGAGACAACUUGCAGACACUCGUUAAACGCGCACGCGCAGAGCGACGGCAAAGCGUGCUACGAGUACGCUCCCGUCGGACCGCGUUUCUACAAGUGUCUGGACUCUUCCUUCUGCCUGACGGCCGGGCAAAUGUGCGACAACAUCACCGACUGCAGGGAUAAUAGCGAUGAGGGCCCGUUUUGCGACAAAUGGCACUCGAUGUGCGUUAACACCACCUGUCCAAGCGUCAACACAACAUGCACCCCAGAUCGCUCCGGCCCUAUUUGUUUCUGCAAUCCCUUCCCCCACUCCCACUACUACAAUGAAACUACCAACAAAUGCGAGGACGUGGACGAGUGUCUAACAGAAUGGCCGAGUUGCAGCCAUUAUUGCAAGAAUUUCGAUGGACAUUUUCUAUGCGAAUGCGAUCGCGGAUAUGACGCGGAUAUUUUCCAGUAUCUCUGUUUUGCUCAGGGUCCAGAAGCGAUGCUUUUCUAUAGCACUGAGAAAGAUAUUCGGUAUAUCAAGGUCAAAACCAAGCAAGAAGUUGUUGUAGCUACGGGUAUCAAAAAGAGCCACGGGGUGUCCUACGACGGCAAGUAUCUCUACUGGGUAGAGACAGCGGAAGGACACCAGGCUAUAGUCAGAGCUAAUCUAAAUAAUAUUGCAGAGACAAAGCAGACCCUAGUGAGCCUAGGUCUAUACGAUGCUGGCGACAUAGCAGUGGAUUCGCUAGGUAACAACAUCUACUUCAGCGACACGUCGCGUGGCGCCAUCUACGUGUGUAUCAGAGACGGAUCGGUGUGCGCUCGCAUCCGUACAGCUGCGUUGAGGCCGAAAUUUGUUACGCUGGAUGUCAAGCAUGGAUUAAUGUAUUGGGCCGACGUCGCCGGUCUCAAAGGAGGUCACGUGAUCAUGCGUGCGCGCAUGGAUGGCUCCCACCAUGAGGUGAUGACAGCCAGCCUUAACAAUUUCGCUACGGGGCUUGCACUGGAUGUACCGAAUGACCGGUUAUAUUUCGUUGACAGAACCGUCAUGGUGCUCAAAAUCGACACGAAACAGAUAUAUCCCCUUUUCCAAAAGCGUCUCCACCAUCCCUACGCGAUAGCUGUGUUCGAGAACACGGUGUACUGGAGCGAUUGGACCUCCAACACCAUACAGACCACAGACAAGCUACAUUUGGAGGGCAAGAGGAACGGUCUUGCUACUCUACACUCACCAGUCUAUGGACUGCACAUCUUCCACCCCGUACUGCUCCUCACCCAGGACUCGAGCCCGUGCGCCCAUCACAAGUGCUCCCAUCUCUGCCUGCUCACGUCCAACGCUAGCCACUCCUGCGCAUGCCCUGUUGGCAUGAAGCUUAACGGAACUAUUUGUUACAAUGAACCCAACUAUCGCUCUCAAUACCUUGUCGUCGGUGCCGGCGCGUCUUUCACAAGGAUCCGAUACGAUACUCUUGGAAACCCUGAGGCCCACGCUACUAACUUCGACAUAGGAAGGGUGCAGGCCAUGGCGUAUGACAGUAGAAGAGACACCCUGUACAUAUACGACGGUAUGCGCAAAUGCAUCGUCAAGAUCGAAAUGGCCGACUUCACCCUCGGCAUCACCCACGUAUUCGCUAUCAAUGGACUUGAAAAUGUUGUCGACAUGGAUUACGAUUACGUGACUGACAAUCUUUACGUGCUGGAUUCUGGCCGGCGGUUCCUGGAAGUGUUCUCUCUGAAGGACGGGAAACGGGCUUUACUUCAUCGCUUCCCAGCUCAGGAGAUACCUGUCAGCUUCUGCAUUCUUCAACAUUUUGGGAGGCUACUCGUUGCUGUAGUUGAGAGUGAGCAGAACAAUGAGAUACAUAUUGACAGUAUCGGCUUGGACGGCGACGAGAGGGAGCAUCAGCACGUUAUGAUGAGUAAUUUAAAAGGACCGCGUGUGAGACUGCGCAAUCUCCAUGACUCGGAUAUGGUUGCCGUGUCAGAUGAAGGAAGCAAUUCCAUUGAGUUCAUCCAUCUCCGAACGUUACCACGACGUGGCAGACAAGACAUCAGAAAACGUCUACCAACAGCAGCGAGCAGCCUGGCAGUGACGAUGCCUUACAUGUUCUGGUCUGAUGGCAGGACUCCACGACUGUUCUGGGACGAGUAUUUGGGGGAGACGACCACGCCGAGACGUGUCGAGCUCUCAAUAUUCCCCAACGAAACCCACCUUCAUCUCCAAGCCACAACCACCCCCGACACCAACACUCCUCCCCACCCCUGCACCCACAAUCCUUGCUCCCACAUCUGCGUCCAAACCCCUACCCUACCCAUCCUAGGCACCUUCCCCUCGAUCGAAGCACCGAUGUCCUACAAGUGCCUUUGCCCCCCUGGAUUAAUCGUGGAGGGAGGAAAUUGUACCAGGCUUGCAGAGUGCAGAGGAGAUGAGUCGUAUUGCUAUAAGAGUAACGAGUGUAUACCGAUGAUUAAGAGGUGCGAUGGGGAAAAGGAUUGCAAGAACGGGGAAGAUGAAGACGAUUGUUCACCAAGUACUCCUGGCCCGAAGAAAUGCCUCCCCAACCAGAUUGAAUGCAACGGAGGUUGCAUUCAAUACAAUGAAAUUUGUCCACAAGAAUCCACGGAAUCUCUUUCGCCGCCAUUCUACUGCGAGUUCGACCAAUUUCAAUGCCGGGGCAGUAAACUCUGCCUGGAGCGCGAACAGCUCUGUGACAAGCAUCAAGAUUGCCCGGAUGGCUCAGAUGAGGGGGCACUCUGUCACACGCUGCGCUGCCUCGACACAGAGUUUAUGUGUGCCACGGGUAACUGUAUCCUGGGCGGUUGGCGAUGCGACGGUGACUCAGAUUGUUCCGACGGCUCAGAUGAAGCUGAUUGCACUAAUCAAACAUGCAACAUCGGUUCUUACCAGUGCAGAAGUGGACAAUGCGUAGAGAUCCAACGCCGCUGCGACGGCCAGCCAGACUGUCUCGAUGGGUCUGAUGAGGAACGCUGCCAGGAACCAUUCCCUGAUACAGAUGUGACCCUUCCAUCAUGUGGAGAAGGAGAGCUUUCCUGCGAGCUGAACAAGACUAUCUGUCUACCACAGACCGCUUGGUGCAACAAUAAGGAUGACUGCCCGGGAGGCACGGACGAGCACGGCUGCAACAAGUGCGCUGCGUAUGGCCAGUUCGAGUGUAGACAGGAACCGAGAUGCUUGUCAAUGCGAUCGGUAUGCAACCACAACAAGGAUUGCAAAGAUGGUUCCGACGAGACGCCUGAAGCUUGCGAACUAGUGAACAGGACAUCGAGCGUAUUUCCACCACAAUACCCUUCAGCAGAGUGCAACCACGGAUUCCUCUGUCGCACCGGGCAAUGCAUUGAGUGGAGGGAGGUGUGUGACCAGACCCCUGACUGUUUCGAUGGAUCGGAUGAAAACGGGCAGUGCUUCACAGCCUGCGAGAACACCACCUGCAGCGACAGUUGCCAGGCGACGCCCCUCGGCCCGCAAUGCAACUGCAAGCCCGGCUUCCAGCUGCUCGCCGACGGCCACAGCUGCGCGGACGUGGACGAGUGCGCGCGCGACCUGUGCUCGCAGCACUGCCGCAACAUGCCUGGCUCGUUCGUGUGCGAGUGCCGGCACGGCUUUACUUUGAGGUUAGACCGUCGUUCUUGUAAAGCCAACAUCCGUGCGCUUAAGUCUGUCCUCUUGGCGACUCGUCAUCAGGUCAGAUCUAUAUCGGAGGCCAAUGAUUUUUACCUGGAGUUGAAUGAUUCGAGCCUUGGCCAUAUUUCUGAUGUUGACAUAGAUUACUUGAAACAAAAGUUUUACGUGACGUCACCAGACACGGGAAAAUUGAUAGAAGUAACGCCAUUAUAUUCGCUAAAUGAUACAAGUCUAAACAAUGUUACAAAUAUUGGGAAACCUACCAAGAUGACCGUGGACUGGGUAACAGGGAAUAUAUACUUUUUGGAUAACUCAACUGAACCCAAUAUCAAGGUGUGUAAUUUUGAGAAAAAACGAUGUGCCAGGAUUAAAAGUCUGCCCGCGAAUGGUACGGUGUCCUCUUUAGUGGUGUGUCCAGAAAACCGCAAGCUUUACUACAGCCUAAAUUACAAGAACACCACUAGGGUGACAAGCGUGGAUCUCGGUGGGCAGAAUGAGCUAAGCUCCCAGUUUAAUGGCACUAGCAUCGGGUUGGCGGUCGAUGGGCCUGUGCUGUAUAUGGCUACUGCAUGGACGCUGUGGAUUGUGGAUCCGGGCCGGUCUUACAAGGUUAAGGCCAUGCUCGGCUGGGACAACCAUACCCGAGAAAGCAUCUACGUCUUCGAAGACGUUCUCUACAUUCUGAGCAAUCAUAAUAUAUACCGCUGCGUCAUCUACGGAGAGAAGAUCUGUUUCCCCUUCAUACUAAAAAUGCCGGAAACGCAGGCUUUCGUCCUCUGGCACCCGAGUGUGCAAAGACCGCUGAAGAACGAGUGUGAGGGUGUCAUUUGUGAGAAUGUUUGCGUGCUGGGUGAGCAGGGACCGAGGUGCAUUUGCGAGGAUGGGAGUGUGUCUAAAGAAGGUGGAUGCAGGUUGCUUGCAAAGAAUAUGGUACCACUGUUCAACGGCGAACCAUCACAGAACUUCAUCCAGGAGCACAAAGUAUCCGUCACACUCAUCACCAUCACGGUGUUGCUGUUCUUCGCGUAUCUCACCAUCUUCGUUUACUACCACUGCGUGUACCGUUCUAGGAGGCAGGCGUCGACUCUGCCGGUCAGAUUCCAGAACCAAACUUCUUUCAGCGGAUCGCAGAGUGAAACACCGGCCAUAGACAUGCCGACCACAAGCGGUUCCCGGCACGAGUUCGUCAACCCACUGCAAUUUGUGAGAGAUGUUUGGCAAAGAUCAUUUAGGAGCAAUAGGCCCCUUGGCACAGCUGCCCUAUCCUUCAACAUACCAAGACCGCAGGAAGACCUAUCAGAUACAGAGUCUGACAAGGAUUAUAAGGACGAGAGAAAUCUUAUGAAAUAGUAUAUAUAUACUGAAACACACCCAACUUGUCAGUAGAAUAAAGCGCACAAUUCCAAUUUUUUAUGGGAAUGGGAAGUCGAACUUUUAGCGCCUAAUUUUUUUUAAUUUGCCGGCUUUUCUACUGACACGAUCGGUGUGUUGGCCGAACGUUAAUUGCAAUUAACCAUUAACCAGUACAAAUUGAACCGUAAACCGUAAUGGACGGUUACAGUUUACGGUUCAAUUUGUACUGAUUAAUUGUUAAUUGCAUUAACGUUUCGGCCAACACUGAUUAUAUUACUCUGCACCAGGCUGUACCUAUUUGACCUUUUGAAUUUUUAGUCUUGUCUUACUGAGGACUUGAGGAGUCACAGGAACCUAUAGGUAUAGCCGCCACCAUAUAAUUUGAAGUAACGCUCCCAUUUUAAAAUUAUAUUUUAAAAUAACAUGAAAUUUGUAAAUUGUACGGGAGCGGCUUUUCGGCGGCGGGUUCGUGUGACUCUUAAUUUAGUAUCCUAAAUAACUUCUCCUAAAGUUGGUACAGGGCGACUUUUACAAAAUUACCUUGACGCACCCUUAUUCUCUUAACAAUAAAGUCGCGUAAAAACUAAAAAGAAAUCUCAUUUAGAAUGCUAGUUAGGACGACUGAAUUAAGUAAGGUGUAUCAAGGUAACAAAAAUAGUGGGCAUCCGUUUAAGGGCAUAAUAUUCGGUAGGUAUCAUGUUCUGAUUAGGGAAAAAAAAACAGUUUUGACGCAAAAAAAAACUGCGGGGCAGGUCGUUUACCUAAAUCAGCCAACGCUCAAGGAUCAAUAAUGUUUCUUCUUCUUAUUCGUUAUCAGAACACGAUACCGAAGAUGCCCUUCAACGGAUCCCCACUAAGUACCUAUUUAUGUUACACCAUGUAUACCUAUCAAUUUUAAUUUAAAUAAUGCAUGAAAAUUUAAUAAUUGUAAAUAAUAAUUUGUGAAUAUUAUGUAUAGAUAAAUAAGUAAUUUGGAUCAUACACAGCAAUUAACACUCUUUUCUGUAGACAUACUAGAAAUUAAGGGCUAUAUAAGUUUAAUUAACCUUUAUGGUAAAAUUACCUUUUAACCUGUUAACUAUUGUCCACAGAGGAGACAACUGUAAUGUUGAAUAAAUAUAAAUAUAAAUAUAACUUUUAUAUUAUAAAUUUGCUAAUCAGAUAUUCAUUAAUUCUAGUUGAUAGAAUUGUUUAAUGAUUAAAAUAAUCUUUAAUA